UUGGUCAACCGAGUAAAAGAAAAAGAAGAAAGGAUUCAGUGCAAAAAGUGCAACUCGAAAGAAGUUUGAAAGUUCAUAAAAGUUGGAAUAAAAAGUAUCGUAUGUAAAUAUACGCACGUUACACUUUUGACUACAACUGUCAUUAUUAAAUGUAAUAUUCAAGUUUUUGUUAAAUUAUAAAUGUUCGUGCAAGAUUUAAACCAGUUAUUUUAGGUGAUUAAAUAAUAUUUAACGUACAUUGUGCAUUUGGAUGAAAAAUUGCGUAUAUUACUUCGAAUUAUUUUUAUAAUUGGAAUAUUUGAGAUACAAAAUGUCCAAGAGAAAAGGGGUGUCUCUCGAUGAGAAACGUUUAAGAAUAAUACAAAUAUUUCAUGAGAAAAAGGAAUUCUUUACGCUAAAAGAAAUUGAAAAGAUUGCAUCAAAGGAAAAGAACAUUGUGAUACAAUCUGUCCAAGAUGUGUUACAAGCAUUAGUGGAUGAUGGUUUAGUACAAUCCGGCAAAGUUGGAACUAGCACAUAUUUUUGGAAAUUUCCAGGAGAAUCUAUUGCUGCAACAGAACGUAAAAUAGCUGAAAUGAGCAAAAAGAUAGUAGAAGCAGAAUUUAAGCUUCAAAAGCUGAAAGAAGAGGUACAGAAAGAGAAGGAAUUUAAAAAGGAUAAUGAGGAGAAGAGAAAUUUAUUAGAGGAAGUGGAUCGAUUAAGGAAAGAGGAACAAGAAAUUAAGAAGCAAAUUGCUAAAUUCAGCGUUAUCAAUCCAGAAGCAAUUAAAGAGAUAGAAGAGAAAGCACGGAAGAACAAAGAUCUAGCCAACAUAUGGACAGACAACAUUUUUGCGGUACAGAGCUGGUGCAAAAAUAAAUUUAGUAUUUCUGAACAGGAUCUUAAUAAACAAUUUAAUAUUCCCGAAGAUUUGGAUUACAUAGAAUAAAUCAUUGUUCACAUUAGAUCUUCCUCGCACAUUUGAAAAGACACUAGUAUUCUUGAAUCUUUGUCGGAUAACCUAAGUAACCUAAGAACAAACAAAUUUGCUAGAAAAGGAACACGAUAUAAAAUGAGAGAUAUAACUUUCAGAGUCAUCUAUAUCAAUUUCCUUCGAACUUGCGGCGAACUAAUCAGCUAUCUUAAUUUUUAAUUAGAGAAGAAAGAGGGAAAAAAUAUACAUACAUUUCUAUAAUUUCCAAUGUAUUGAAUUAAAACUAUGUAUGAUAUCGAAAUAAAUAGAUAAAUAGAAUCAUUU